AUGGACACUAUCGAAGGCGAAUUCACCACCAAGGAUGGCACAAAGCUAUAUACCAAAACAUGGAAGCCCCGGAAUGAUGCGGUGCAGGCUGUUUUGAUCUUCCUUCAUGGAUUCUCGGAUCACAUCAAUGCCUACUACGAUCUCUUCCCCACUCUGAGUUCAUCGCCAUUCAACAUUGCAGUCUACGGAUUUGAUCAACGGGGCUGGGGCCGCUCAUGUCAUAAGCCGGCAGACAAUGGUAACACUGGCCCAACCUCACUGGUCCUAGCCGAUAUACAUGACUUUGUUCUCCAUGUCGCAUCGCUGCCGGAGACCCAAGGCAAGCCAUUCUUCCUGAUGGGCCACAGCAUGGGUGGAGGCGAGGCUCUAUGCUACAUGCUUUCCACAUCCACCGACUUUUCCAAUCGACCUGCAUUCUCAGGCCUCAUCCUUGAGGCCCCUUACAUUGAACCCCAUCCCUCGAACCAACCAUCGUUCUUGAAAGUUCAAGCCGGAAAGCUGGCCGCCAUACUACUACCACAUACGCAGCUCAAACAGAAGCUGAGUGCAACUUACAUGUCCCGUUCGGCGAAGGUCUGCCAAGACUGGGUUGAUGAUCCGCUGUGCCAUAAUACCGGCACGUUGGAAGGAUUCAAGGGACUCCUGCAAAGAGAGGCAGAACUCUCACAUCUCUCUCAUGGCCGCACCGUACAUGGCUAUACGACCAAAGCCCCUUGUCCGAUGUGGUUCUCCUUUGGCACUGGUGACCGCAUCUUGUCGUAUAUCGCCGCGCAGCAACUCUUCAAUGUCCUGGAAGCUCCUGGCAAGGACAAAACCUUCAAGUCAUAUCUUGACGCGUAUCACAAGCUUCACGCUGAGCCUGACGGUGUGGGCGAGCAAUUUGCGAAAGAUGUGGGAGCAUGGAUCUUGGCACAUGUCAACAAACAGGCUGAAGUCGCGCAGGUUGGUCAAUCACAAUCCGAACAGACAGCAGACGGUGGCUCAUACAUAUGA